AGAUGAAAUGUAUAUUGGGAUAUCUAAAAAACCAGGGGCCCUCAUCUUUUUCUGCUUUAUAUUUUCAAUCAGUAUAAACUCUAGGUCAUUAGCUGUAGGAGAUUUACAAUGUGAGUUUUCCCACAGGAGAUGAUUCUAGACGGAUGGAGCGUCAUCAAGACUUUGUGCACUCUACCCGCUAACUGGCUUGUCUCACGGACGCAUAGUCACGCUUUGCUGCCGACACUGGUGGCGUUGUCAGCUAGACCGGAGGCAGCCGCUGCUAUAGCGGCAGAGCUAAGCAUGGAGAUGUUGGAUGAAUUUAUGGAGAUUCCUGAAGCUCAGAAGCUGAAGUUGGUGCAAGUUAUCAAACAAGGGCGCGCCAAGAAGACCUCGAAGAAGUGAGUACCUACAACCAACGGAGUAGUAAGCACUUUGUUACUUAUAACAUGACAAUGCAACAUGACGAUGUGCAACUAUAUUAUGCCA